AUGUAUGUAUGUGUGCAUAACUUUAAAAAUACAUAUACUCGUCCAAAGAAAACAUAUAAGUUACAAAUGGAAGAGGUAAUGUCAAUGAUCUUCCACGGAAUGAAACUAGUUAAAAGGCUCGAGUCAAGUUUGCCGGAGAAGCCACCGGAAUCGCUAUCGACAUCUCUCGACGAGAUCGCGAAGACAUUCGAUGAUGCUAACGAGCGGCUGAAGAUGUUUCUAGAGAUCAGGAACUCCGAAACUGUUUUGAACCAAACCAAACCGGUGGUUGUGUCCGUUUCAAACCAGAUGUUAGUGCAGAUGGAACCAGGUCUGACGAUGCAAGAGUAUUGGUUAAGGUGUGGCGGCUCAACGUCAUCUCAGGGAGCCGAGGCCAUGUUUCACACGCAGCUCAUGGCCGUUGAUGGUGGCGGAGGAAGGAAAUUUACGGAAGGUUCCGGCGCUAGCGGUUCCUCCACGCCAAGGCAGCGGAGAAGGAAGGACGAAGGAGAAGAACAAACGGUGUUGGUGGCAGCGCUAAGAACAGGGAACACAGAUAUGCCACCUGACGAUAACCAUACUUGGCGUAAAUAUGGCCAGAAGGAAAUUCUUGGUUCUAGGUUUCCUAGGGCGUACUAUAGGUGCACCCAUCAAAAGUUAUACAAUUGCCCGGCCAAGAAACAAGUCCAACGCCUCAACGACGAUCCUUUCACCUUCCGAGUCACAUACCGUGGCUCGCACACUUGCCAUAUUUAUUCAAUCGCUCCUAUCUCAUCCGCCACCGUCACCGCUACAACCGCCACGGGUCAUUCCAUCGACUAUGGUUCCCCUAUACGCGACAUGACCGACGCUAUGUUUGGUAGCAGCGGGAUCGGAGCCAACAUGGAUUUCAUAUUUCCUUUCAACGAUCCACCUCAUCGUUUCCGGCGGUUAGACGACGACGGCGACGGCCACCAAUAGGUUUCCAUCUAUAGAGAAAGGGCAUAUUUUAGUUAACCAAAAGGAAAAGUCAUGGUUUCAUUUAAUUUAUUAUUAUUUGUAUCAAAGUUUCGCACAUUACAAGUGAUGAUCUGGUCCGGGAUUCAGUCCUUUUAGGAUAGUUUGGUUUGUUUUUUUUUUUUUUUU